AGGAGGAGGAGGAUAGGGGCUUCGAGUCGAGUUUUGUUCAUGAGGUUUAGAGUGUGAGUAUUACACUUUUAUGACUAAUGAAAAUCCUCAUAAUGAUGGUUGUAGAUUUCGGGAGUGGUUUGACAACCCUGUGUAUAGUGUGGGAACUCAGUUAUUUCCACUUAUAAGAGAAGAACUCACUAAUUUGAGGAGAAGCUUGAAUUUAAAGGAUAAAUUGAUUGAAAAGUACUAUGAAACUGAGAUGUCAUGAGGAAUGGCUUUCAGAAGCUGGGGAAGGUCAAAGACCCUACCCAGCGGAGUAGGCAGCUGGAAGAACUCGCAGAAAAGAUGCGAAAAUGCAAGAGGUUGAUCAAAGAGUUUGAUAGAGCGGCGAAGGCAGAGGAGGGCAGAAGUAGUGCUGACACCAGCAGAAUGCUGAGUGAGAAAAAGCAGUCAAUGAUUAAAGAGUUGAGCUCAUAUGUUGCUCUGAAGGAGCGGUAUGCUGGUAUCUUUGACGCUAACCGAGUUGAUCUAUUUGAUGCUCCUGGCACAGAAGGCUAUGGCCGAAAGUAGUUGAAGACACAGUUAAUGUUGGAGCUGAAACUGCAGCUGCUCUCAAGGCACAGACUCAACAAAUGAGCAGAAUUGUCAAUGAACUCAACUCAAUCCAUUUCUAAAUCAAGAAAGCAACCUAAACUAGUGAAAGCAAUUGGCAGGCAGGUUGCAACUGACCGUUGUAUAAUGGCCAUGCUCGUCCUAAUUGUAAUGCGGAUUAUAGCGAUUGUCAUUGUGAAGAUCAUUAACCCUCUUAACAAGGACAUUCCUGAUGUACCCGGGCUUGCUCCUCCAGCUCAAGCCAGCAACCGAAAACUCCUGUGGGAUUCAAGCGAGACAUAAAAUCGCCGCAGGCUAUGUGCAUCUUAAUAACGAGUAAGGCCAUUUUUUCUGAUUGUUACUGAACCAUCCUAAACAUUAUUCUUGUUGUAUCGACCUUCAUUUUCGUGUAUAUAUAUAACACUAAAUUUCAUUA